UCCGUCACAUAAUUUAUAGCAAACUCACUAAAAAAAGUAUAGGAGAGAUGGAAUGGGAAUGGAGUUAUCUGUGUUUUUCUUCAAUCAUCUUAUUACCAGUUUUGAUCCUAUUUUUUUCUCAGAAAAAGACUACAAAAUGUUCUUACAAAUUACCUCCAGGACCACCUGGAUUACCAUUUUUUGGUAACAUGUUUGAACUAGGAACAGAGCCCUACAAAAGAAUGGCAGCUCUAAAACAGAAAUAUGGCCCUGUAUUGUGGUUAAAACUUGGCACCUCAACCAACAUUAUGGUUGUUCAAACAGCUCCGGCUGCUGCAGAAUUAUUUAAGAACCAUGAUACUUCCUUUGCGGAUCGAUUCAUACCUGAUGUAAAUCAGGCACAUAGUUACUAUCAAGGGUCCUUGGCCAUAGGCCGAUAUGGCUCAUUUUGGCGCUUUCAGAGACGGAUAUGUACUGUGGAAAUGUUUGUACACAAAAGAAUCAGUGAAACAGUGCCAGUAAGGCGAAGAUGUGUGGAUAAUAUGUUAAAAUGGAUAGAGAAAGAAGCGAAUUCAGCUGAAAAAGGAAGUGGGAUUGAGGUAACACGUUUUGUGUUCCUAGCAUCGUUUAAUAUGCUAGGGAAUUUGAUUCUGUCGAAAGACUUGGCUGAUCCAGAAUCCGAGGAAGCCUCGGAUUUCUUCAAUGCCAUGAAGAGAAUCAUGGAGUGGUCAGGUAUUGCUAAUGUUUCUGACAUAUUUCCAUUUCUUAGAAAGUUUGAUUUUCAAAAAUUGAGGAAGAAGAUGGCACGAGACAUGGGGAAGGCCAUUGAGAUCAUGUCUAUGUUUCUCAAGGAACGCGAGGAAGAGCGAAAGAAGGGUGCGGAGAAGGGGAAAGAUUUCUUGGAUGUGUUGCUUGAAUUUGAAGGCACUGGAAAAGAUGAGCCAGCUAAAUUAUCAGAACAUGAGAUCAAAGUAUUAAUAGUGGAAAUGUUUUUGGCCGGUUCAGAGACGACGAGCAGCAGCGUAGAAUGGGCACUAACAGAGCUCUUGCGCCAUCCAGAAGCAAUGGACAAAGUGAAAACAGAGAUAUCAAAAGUAAUAGGACCAAACAGCAAGUUUGAAGAAAGUGACAUCGAAAACCUUCCUUAUAUGCAAGCUGUAAUCAAAGAAUCGCUUCGUUUACAUCCUCCUCUGCCUUUCUUGCUCCCAAGAGAGACAAUUCAAGACACAAAGUUCAUGGGGUACGACAUACCAAAAGGAACUCGAGUUCUGGUGAACACCUGGGCUAUUGGAAGAGAUCCUGAAUGUUGGGACGACCCUAUGAGUUUCAAGCCCGAGAGGUUUCUUGGCUCAAAAAUAGACGUGAAGGGUCAGCAUUAUGAGCUAAUUCCAUUUGGUGCAGGACGGAGGAUGUGUGUUGGCUUGCCUUUAGGCCAUCGAAUGAUGCAUUUUGCUCUGGGAUCAUUGCUUCAUGAAUUCGAUUGGGAGCUUCCUAAUGGUGUCUCUCCUAAAUCUAUCAAUAUGGAUGAAAGCAUGGGUGCAACAGCCAGAAAACGUGACUCUUUGAAAGUAAUACCAAAAAAGGCUUUAGAACUCAUCAAUCUUUUCGAGCCAACAAGUAUGUCUUUAUAAUUAUGUAUGCAUUUUUUUUGCAUAUGUUCCUUAUAAUAAGUAUUUGCAAUCUUAGUAGCUCAGUUGGUUGACCACCUAAAAUUUAACCUUGUUGGUGAAUGUUCGAUUCCCCACCCUACCCCAUUUUAAAAAAAUGUAUUUGUAAUGCUAACUGGAGUUUCUUUAGUACAAUAUUUAUAGUAUGUAUCUAGAUCUUUGUCAACAAGAUUGUAAUUUGGAGAAAUUCAUGUGUGAUAAAUGUAAUACUUAAAAUCAAUUUUA